AUGGGGAUUCAUCCCCCCCCAGAAGAAACAGAGGCAGAGGAAGAAACAGGAGCCUCCGAUGUCCCUGCUCUUGCUGCCUCUAAGAAGUCUUUUACAUUCAACUUCAGAGGUCAUCUGAGAAGGAAGGUUUCAGACAAAAAUGAGAAGGACACCCCAGCAGAGAGCAAGGGUGAGAAGAAAGAGAGGAGGACUUUCCUACAUUGGAUGAGAAGAAAGAGAAUCCAGCCAGCCCCUCUCAAAAAUAUGAAUGAGGUCCAGUCUGACAGCAGUGCAGCAGAGCACAAACAGAGCGGCACCUCCAGUGAAGAAGAUGUUGUGACCAUUUCUCUUCAGCUGGAGAAAAAUGGAACCUUUUUGCCAUGCCGAAGCAAAAUUUCUCAAAAUAUCACAGUCACUGAUACCAAUCCACAAAAGUCAAGGUCAAAGACCUCUGUGGACUACAUUGAGCCAGACGCUGAGGGUCCAGAAAAAAACAACACAAGCGCUGAGCCAAAACCAAAGAAGAGCAAGCGGCUCAGGAAAUUCCUCAGCAAUCCGUUCUCAAAGGUAAGGACACAUUUAUUUGUGAAUUGUUUGGUGGUUCAUGAAGGAAAUAUGCUGCAGUGGUCCAGACUUGAUGUUUUUGGAUAUUUAGAGUUGAUAUUUCUGUACUAAUUGUUUGUCAUUUUUUUCACAUAAAGAACGAGAGUAAGCUGAAGACAGAGGAGAAGGAGAAGAAGGAGGAGAAAGAGAAGGUUUCAGCUGACAGGGAUGUUGGCUCCCCUCCAUUCUGGGUUCGGCUGGUUUGCGGCAGUCAAACCAGAAGCUUACACCCUAAACACUCCAGUUCUCUACACCCUGACAGAACUGGAGAAUGCUGGAGUGAGACUUAG